GAUUUGAGCAAAGCAGUCCCAUUUUCACAGAGCAGUCCCAGCCACACCAUCAUGGCCCGCCCCCACUUCCUCCUCUUAACAUUUCCAGCCCAAGGCCAUAUCAAUCCUGGCCUCCAACUCGCCAAGCGCCUCAUUUGCUUGGGAGCGCAUGUCACCUUUGUCACCACUAUCACUGCCCACCGUUGCAUGAGCAAAAUCCCCGCUCUCAACGGCUUGUCCUUUGCCACCUUCUCCGACGGCUACGACGACAGGUCUAAACUCGGUGACGAUGUCAGCCACUACAUGUCCGAGCUCAAGCGCCGUGGCUCCCAAGCCCUCACUGAACUUGUCAUGUCCAGCGCAAACGAGGGUCACCCAUUUACGGGCCUAGUCUACACGAUCCUCCUCCCUUGGGCUGCGGACGUGGCGAGUGGACUUCACCUUCCAUCAGCGCUUCUUUGGAUUCAACCUGCCACGGUUUUGGACAUAUUCUACAACUACUUCAAUGGUUAUGGUGAUGUCAUCAGAAACAGCAAUAAUGACCCUUCAUGUUUAGUAGAAUUACCAGGACUACCAUUGCUCACUAGCCGUGACAUGCCCUCCUUUUUGCUUGCUUCAAAUACGUAUACUUUUCUACUUCCAGCAUUUCAAGAACAACUUGAAGCUCUUGAAAAAGAAAGCAAGCCGAGAAUAUUGGUGAAUACAUUUGAUGCGCUGGAGCCCGAGGCCAUAAGAGCAAUCGAAAAGUUCAAUUUGAUUGGGAUUGGGCCACUAAUUCCAUCUGCUUUUCUGGAUGGAAAAGAUCCAUCCGAUACUUGUUUUGGAGGAGAUCUUUUCCAAAGCUCCAAGGAUCACUACAUCGAAUGGCUCAACUCAAAGCCCAAAUCAUCCGUUAUUUACGUGUCGUUCGGGAGCUUGUUGGUGUUAGCCAAGCGACAAAUGGAGGAAAUUGCACGCGUAAUGUUGGAUUGCGGGCGCCCCUUCUUGUGGGUCAUAAGAGCUAAGGAAAACGGAGAAGAAGAGAAGGAAGAGGAUAAGCUGAGUUGUAGAGAGGAGUUGGAAGAAAAGGGAAUGAUAGUGCCAUGGUGCUCUCAGGUGGAGGUUUUGUCACACCCUUCAUUGGGAUGCUUUGUGACACAUUGUGGGUGGAAUUCAACUUUGGAGAGUUUAGUUUCUGGGGUGCCAGUGGUAGCGUUCCCCCAGUGGGCGGAUCAAGGGACAAACGCAAAAUUGAUCCAGGACGUAUGGAAGACGGGAGUGCGGGUGACUGCAAAUGAGGAUGGGAUUGUUGAAAGUGAUGAGAUCAAGAGGUGCUUGGAAUUGGUUAUCGGAGGUGGGGAGAAAGAGAAAGAAAUGAGAAGGAAUGCUAAGAAAUGGAGGGAUUUGGCUAGGGAGGCCACAAAGGAAGGUGGCUCUUCGUACGAGAAUCUUAAAUCCUUUGUGGAUGAGAUCGGAGAAGGAUGUUAGAACAGUCACGUAUGUUUGCUGAUGAAAACAUUUGACUUAAUUAGGUUGCUUGUUGCAUAAUGCUUCUUAUUUUAGCCGCCUGCCCGCCUUGGUUGACUGUUUUUCAAUGGUCAUCGUGGUCAUUUUUCAUUUUGGGGCAUUCACAAAAAGUGAUAUGUAGACGCAGAAUUUUCACCA